UCCGCCGGACACACACUGUAUCUAUCAGUUGUUAUUUUGUCACAUUGGACGGCACCGUGAUCGGGGCAGGCGCGUGGAUACCUUUACGCGCGGCGGCAGCUGUGUAAAUGACUUGUGAAGAGGUUGAUGCAAGAGGAAAGAGGGCGGUCAAAGUGUGACGGUAAACAGUGCGCCUUUCUCUGGCAACGGUUUCCCUCCCAGCGCCUCUUAGACUGCGUCUCGCACGUGUAUUGUAUUGUUCGUCCAGGGCACAGCUGCCGGCACAGGACACGCAUGCUUGAAAAGACCAUCGCGCACUUGAUGCCCGCUUUGGUGAUGCCAUGCCCCGGAACCACAGCGGAGACGAAGGCGGCACCGGGCUCUGGAUGAGGACGUCGCCGGGGCACCGUACCGAAGGCUACGGCUUGAAAGAUGUGGAGUGCGGACGAAGGAUGAUGAACAACGCGGGAGACGGUUUGCUGUCAGCCUCCACCGCAGCAGCAGGUGCUGCCGGGUCCGAGAGCCUGAGGGGGAAGCAGGGAGCCCGGCUCAGCCUGUUGGGGAAGCCGCUCAUAUACAGCGCGCAGAGCGGCCGGAGAAACGUGCGCUACCGGCGGCUCCAAAACUACCUGUACAACGUGCUGGAGAGACCGAGAGCCUGGGCGUUCAUCUACCAUGCGUUUGUGUUUAUCUUGGUCUUCAGCUGCCUCGUCCUCUCUGUGUUCUCAACCAUCCCGGCUCAUCAGGACUUCUCCUCCUACUGUCUCCUCAUUCUGGAGUUUGUGAUGAUCGUGGUGUUUGGGUUGGAGUACAUCAUCCGUAUCUGGUCGGCAGGAUGCUGCUGUCGCUACAGAGGAUGGCAGGGACGACUCCGCUUCGCCAGGAAGCCUUUCUGCGUCAUAGACAUCAUAGUGCUGAUAGCGUCGGUGGCGGUGGUGUCGGCUGGUAGCCAGGGAAACAUCUUUGCCACCUCGGUCCUGCGGAGCCUGCGUUUCCUGCAGAUUCUACGCAUGGUACGAAUGGAUCGAAGAGGAGGCACCUGGAAGCUGCUGGGCUCUGUGGUCUACGCACACAGCAAGGAGCUGGUAACCGCCUGGUACAUCGGCUUCCUGGUUCUCAUCUUCUCUUCGUUCCUCGUCUACCUUGUGGAGAACAAGUUCAACAAGGAGUUUGCGACUUACGCUGAUGCUCUGUGGUGGGGCACGAUCACGCUGACAACCAUUGGUUACGGAGACAAGACACCAAAGACAUGGACAGGACGGAUGCUGUCCGCAGGGUUUGCCCUCCUUGGCAUCUCCUUCUUUGCUUUGCCAGCUGGUAUUCUGGGCUCAGGCUUUGCCCUGAAGGUCCAGGAGCAGCACAGACAGAAGCACUUUGAGAAGAGGAGAAACCCGGCCGCCUACCUCAUCCAGUGUGUUUGGCGUAGUUAUGCGGCUGAUGAGAACUCGGUUUCCAUUGCUACCUGGAAGCCUCACUUGAAGGCGUUGCAUACCUGCAGCCCUACAAAGAAGGAGCAGGGAGAGUCGACCACAAGUCAGAAGCUGAGCUUCAAGGAGCGGGUGAGGAUGGCGAGCCCCCGAGGUCAGAGCAUCAAGAACAGGCAGACGUCUUCAGUGAACGACCGGCGCUCUCCGGUGGCUGAUGCUGGGACAGAGGGCACCAGCCCUGCUAAGGUGCAGAAGAGCUGGAGCUUCAACGACCGCACACGCUUCAGACCCUCACUCCGCCUUAAGAGCCAGUCGCGCUCCACCACUGAUGCAGACUCCAACAUGGCAGCGGAGGAUGGCUUCGAUGAGAAAGGCUGUCACUGUGACAUCUCAGUGGAGGACUUGCUGCCCUCGGUCAAGUCUGUCAUUAGAGCUGUCAGGAUAAUGAAGUUCCAUGUAGCCAAGAAGAAGUUUAAGGAGACCCUGCGUCCUUAUGAUGUCAAGGAUGUGAUUGAACAGUACUCUGCCGGUCACUUGGACAUGCUGUGCCGCAUCAAGAGCCUGCAGACCAGAGUGGACCAAAUCCUUGGGAAAGGCCAGAUCCCUCUGGAUAAGAAGAUUCGGGAGAAGCUGCUGUCUGAUGGAGAUAUGCUAGAGGACAUGAGCAUGCUGGGUCGUGUCUGUAAGGUGGAGCGGCAGGUCCAGUCGAUUGAGUCAAAGCUCGACUCCCUGCUUGACAUCUAUCGUCAGGUUUUGCGCAAAGGCUCCUCUUCAGCCCUCACGCUCGCCUCUCUGCCCCUGUUUGAGUUGGAACAAACCUCUGACUACCACUCCCCCGUCUUCAGCAAGGACCUGUCGUGCUCCACCCAGGUCAGCAGCAGCGGGGCACCUCCCCCUGGCAGCUGCAUCACACGCUCCUCAACCAACUCCCACCUCUCCCAGGGUGGACUCCAUCUCAUCCUGGCGCCGCCCAGCGAGCUCAAUGCCUCCUCUUCAACCGGCCUGACAUCCUCUUCUUUCAGCCCAUCACCGCUGCCUCAUCACCAUCAUCAUCACCACCACCACCAUCGUCAUCCUCAUCACCAUCAUCAUCCCCAGCCUCAGGCCACCACGCCUGAAAGUGGCACAGAUGAGGCUGUGGGGAGUUCUCCACCCAUCCUCACCCCCAAUAGUAUCAGCAGUGGUGGUGGCGGCGGAGUUGGAGAUGGAGGGUUUCCUCUUCUGGCAAGGCUUCCACCACCACCCCCUCCCAGCCGGAGUGGGGGCCAGGGCAACUUGCUACGAGCCACUUCCACGGACAUGGAGGACUUUUGUGGAGGUCUAGGGAUGCAGAUAGAGGACAGCAAUGUUGGGGAGGACCUUAGCCUUGGGUUGGGACUGGGCAGCCUGGGACAGAAGCUACAGGGCGGCACCAACAGCAAUGGCAGGUUAAAUGCUAAGGAGGAGAGCUCCUGGAGGAGACAUAUGAGCCUGGAGCUGCAGCCUCUGGUGCCACCAGCUGUGGGCUGCUGCUCUGGCCCCAGCCAGGUGGACCGGGGCUUGGGCAAGUCAAUGUCGGUGCAGGACCUGAUGCAGGCAGCCCCAGGGACUGUCCAGGACACCCACCACAGCCACAGCCUCUCAUCUCCGAGCCCCAGUACAAGCAGUGACUCCCCCAUUGGCUUCCACUGUAGCCAAGACCCUGGGGGAGGAGGGGGUGGUGGUGGUAUAGGCAGGAGUGGGGGAGGUGGAUGGGGUGAGGAGGACCUCUUUAUCAGUGACAGGGACAUUGAGACACAGGGAUUUGACUUCCUGUCACUGGGGACUGCUGAGGCCCACACCUACUCCACGGAGCUCCUGAGGACAGGGAGCAGAGCAGGGGCAGGGUCCCAAGGCUCUAACCGUAACCUGGCUAGUGGUCACACAUCCUCGCCUUCGGCUGGCAACUCCGAAUUGCUGAACAUGCCGCACGUGCGGCUAAAAUAAACUGGCCUACAUGUUCAGAAGGCACGCAAAUCUCACCUCACA